AUGCUGCAAAACUUGCUUGUGUCGAUGAUUCCUCAUGCGGCUGGCUUGAACCCCCGGCCGUUUCAUACGGCUAAGACGUCCAUUCCGGAAUUAUCAAAUCCGCAGAAGAACAUUUUGGACGGAAAUCUCUUGUACAAGUAUCUCGACUUGAACAGGGUUGAAAAACAGGAAUUAGCGAAACGCAUAGGAUCGACGAGGGAGCAGCUUGUUGAAGACAUUCUCGAGAUUGAAAGGCAAAUUACGCAUUAUUAA